AUGUACCACCGAGCCUGCAUUGAUCCCUGGUUGCUGAAGCAUCGUAGUUGUCCUCUGUGCAAGCAAAACAUUCUCAUCGCUUGUGGUUUGUCUCUGGCUGAAGAGGACGCGGCCUCCUGCUCCGCUACUACUAGUGAGGCCAACUCGGGCUUGUCGCUAUCCGCCACAUCCGCCUCUCCAUCCACCUCCUCUAUCCCGGCGUCUCUCGAGGGUCUUUUCUGCCCUCCUCUGGUCCUCUUUAGCUGCCGUCAUCCUCGUCGUCGCCGUCGUCGUCAUUACCACCAUCAUUUCUACCGCAACUUUCAACACGUUCGGCGACCUAGCUCCUCUCUCGACGAGGUCUCAGCUCCUUUUGGCGGUCGAAGGGUACUUGGUUCGGCAUCGGAGAACUCUUCUUCUUCCAUUACUGCAAGAUCUUUGCCUUCUGAUCUCCUAUUUCACACUGCUGCUAUUUCACCCUCUGUUCCGGAGAAGAGCACAACGUUCCCUGCCGAGGAACCCGAUGGGGAGGAUGAGAGAGUAUCAGUAGGCAGGACAAUAGGAAGGCGAGGCCGUCGAAACCUAAUGACUUGUUGCUCUUGCUGCGCGGGUGGAGGCAUUGGAAGGGCGAAAGGAACACCUGACGGAAGGCUUCCGUCACCACAACUGACCUCAUCGACUUGUGGUACGACUCUUCCUUCCGCCCUCGUAUUCCCACCACCCGUGGCGCACCCUCCAGCUAUGCUUCUGUAUCAUCUCCCUCAUUCAAUGCCUCUCGCUCCAGGUGCAAUGGCAACGAAGGCCGCUCUGCCCUCAUAUGAACAGGCCACAGCAGCUAUGCCACAAGCGACCUUCGUGACGUUACCAGCAUCUCCACUUGCGUGUCCGCAUCAAUCACUCGUGGGCUGGAGCCCCAACUUCCCCUCGGAGCCUGGACAACAAGAAGUUGCUGAUCUCUUGGACUCGUCAAAACGCAGUUACUCUGUUGCCAAAACCAGCCUCGUCUACGCAGUGUUAUCUGCAUCGGGAGCCAGAGUGAGUGUCAAUAAUGGACUCCCGCCAGCAUCGGUUCUUUGCACUUCAAGCAACAAGUUACCCAUCUUCAUAGAUGUAAACAGUCCCAAGGUUACGGAGGCCUUUGAGGGCCAACGUCAGUGCCUUCUCUCGUCGUCGUCACCUCCACUUGUUCAGACCCGAGAAUCGCCCCCUCCGGCCUACUUUCUAUCUACAGUUGCUUCUACCAGGAAAUCUGUGGGGACCUCUCUGCAUCCUCUUCGUCGAGUGGCUCGUUUCUUAGCAACUCAUCUUCUUUCCUCACCUCUGACUAAGCAGCAACAACUCCGUCAUCGCUACUAUACCUCUUUCUUUGGUGGCUUAAAACACCAUCAACAACAUCGCGAAUCCAAACACCGUUUAAAGCCUAGACCACGACGUUUGCACAAAACAUCGCCGUUGGCAACAGCUACAGGAACUGCGGCAACAUCAGUGAUAAGGCGUCAUCAUCGUCAUCGUGGUUACCACCGCGUCGGCGUGUUGGGAAAAACGCUGGAGUUGAACCACGAGGGCGUUAUUAUGUCUUCUAGGUUGGGGACACCAACGAUUGGGGCAGAACUGUCACCAGUUCCGUCGUCUCAUCCACCACCGCUGUCUGGGAGCGUGACGUCGCAUCGGUGCGCCUCUAACUCAGUCUCUGAAUCUUAUAGCGGAGGAAUUCACCGCGCUUCUCUUCGACAUACUCGUGUGCAUAGUGUACGUGUCACCGUCGAACCACAGGCACAGUAUCACACUGAACGUGACGCGGCGAGUUGUGAGGCCCUUCACAAUGCGCACCUACACAGCAUUGGGUCAAAGAAUUCACUACCCCGAACGAACUCUCUUCCCACUCCGUUAAAGUCAGUGUCUGCUGAUGUCGACGUCACCGUCACCGUAGCAGCGGUUGCUGCUUCCUUGUGGAGGUGUCGCUCCUUCAGUUCGGCACCAACGAUUUGUUCACCCAUCUCACGUCUCACCGACACAAUUUCCUCUUCCUCACCUUCACUUUCUCUCCCGCCUGUCUAA